GUGAGGUUACGGUAAAAGCCCGUACGGCCGCGCCCACUUCACUGAUUCAAUUCGCUUAAAUUUGACCUUCAUAACUGCAAAUAGCGAGUAUAUAAACUAGAUCACGAGGUGUCAUAUGCAUCAUUCACAUUUGUGAAACAAGUAACCAUGUUCUCCAAAAUCGUAGCCCUUUGCGCCUUCGCGGCUGUAGCCCAAGCCGGUCUCCUGGUUGAGCCGCACUACUCCUCGGCCGCCGCCGUCUCCUCCCAGAGCAUCGUGCGCCACGACCAGCCCCAGGCCGUGGCCCACAAGCUGGUGGCUGCCCCCGUCGCCUACCACUCCGCCCCCGCUCACGUUGAAUACCACGCCGCUCCCGCUCACGUCGCCUACCACGCUGCUCCCGCCCCCGUCUCCUACCACGCCGCCCCUGCUGCCGUAGCCUACCACGCCGCUCCCGCUGCUGUUGCGUACCACGCCGCUCCUACUGCUGUCCACUACACCGCUCCUAUCGCUCACGAAGAAAUUCCGCACUACUCCUCGGCCGCGGCCGUCUCCUCGCAGAGCAUCGUGCGCCACGACCAGCCCCAGCUGGCCCACAAACUGGUGGCUGCCCCCGUCGCCUACCACGCCGCUCCCGCUCACGUUGAAUACCACUCCGCCCCCGCCCCCGUGACCUACCACUCUGCCCCUGCCCCCGUGGCCUACCACUCUGCCCCCGCCCCCAUCGCCUACCACUCUGCCCCCGCUCCCAUCGCCUACCACGCUGCUCCCGCUGCCGUCCACUACGCUGCUCCCGUCGCUCACGAGGAAAUCUCUCAGCCAGCCAAGUAUGAGUACUCCUACUCUGUUGCUGAUGGUCACUCCGGCGACAACAAGUCCCAGCACGAGACCCGUGAUGGUGAUGUCGUGAAGGGCUCUUACUCUCUCAAGGAGGCUGACGGCUCCAUCCGCACCGUGGACUACACCGCUGACCCCCACAACGGUUUCAACGCCGUGGUGCACAACAGCGCCCCCAAACACGCUCCCGUGGUCGUCAAGGCCGCUCCCGUCGUCUACUCUGCCCCUACUUACUACCACCACGUCUUAAUAUUCGUUUGCUUCGUGAGCACCGUGGCCGCAGUUUUAAUCAGACCAAGUGGGAACAAGGGAUCGGACGUUGACCUCAACAGCCCUAAGGGUUGGCAAAUGGUGAGGACGUAUCAUCCGCCGAGCUCUCACGACUACUACAAAUAUGACUCUUAUUUUACGUAUCCUAAAUAUAACUUCGAGUAUUCGGUGUCGGACAAGAAGACGGGUGACCACAAGCACCACAGGGAGUCCAGGGAUGGUGACCGCGUGCGAGGGGAGUACAGUCUGGUUGAAGCGGACGGGUCCCUGCGCAAAGUGGAGUACGACGCCGAUGACCAUAACGGGUUUAAUGCAGUUGUGAGCAAAAGUAUUAAUAUGCACGGAGAUCAUGCCGUCUCCUACAGUGGUCACGCUAGACAUUUUUAUCCCGUUGGCCAUGGCAUUAAAAUCAACCACUAUUUCCCUGGAAAAGAUUACAAAUACCAUGAAACACCAAACACGGAUAAUGAAAUUGUUGAGGAAAAUAACAAGCCUGCAAAUGAGGUUACAUCUGAAAAAUCAGAGAAUACUAAAAAUGAAGGCGAAGAUAAAGUUUCCGUAGUUGAAAAAGUAGGAGAAAAGGAAACGCAACCAGCCGUUAAGGUAGAAACUGAAGAAACUCCCGUUAAAGAAAUGCCGGCUGUUGUAUCAAUGAUGAUGCAAAACGCUCCGUCCGCUGAAAUGCCAGACGCUGAAGGUAUGGUCUUGAUACCAGUCUCCGCAGAAUCUAUUGAUGCAGUCUCAAAAGAACCGGUUUCGGUAAGCGAAGAACCGUCAAGCAAGAAAGAGAACUCUAUGUCUGACUCUGAACAGGCUUCCUCAUAUUACCACUCAAGAAUGUACUUUGUAAGAUAUUAAUAAAAAGUUUGGUUGUUUUUAUUUAUUUGUAAGAUUGUAAGAUAUUAAGAGUCAUGUAAAGUUACCGGCCUAGGUGUAAAAUGUUGUUGAAGUAAAUGAUAAGAAUUUCCAGGUGGUUAUGUUAUUGUGAAAAAGAACUGUUAAAAGAAAAUAAAAACUGAAUUA